UUUCAUACUUCAGACCAUGGACAGACAGCCUGUGUUACUGUUUAUUCUGAAUGUGCCAGCCUUAAUUGCUGCUGAAAAAGUUGUUUUUAUUUUAUACUGUAUCAGUCUUUGUUAAUGUCAUAACUCAUUUUGAAUAUUUAAUGCACCUUGUAAUGAAUAUAUUAUAACCGAUGACUAAUACACGAGCGUUUAAGUGAGGGUUCUUGUGGUGCAAUUUAUAAUCGAAGAAAGAUCUUAAACAGAGAUUUAGAUAAUGUCGCUUUCGAACUUACUUGAGAAUGGGAAGGGAAGUCUUGAUGAUUCGGAGCUACCAGACCCUGAAAGUGAAGAUACAGAAGAACGUGCUGCAGAAAUGCGAGCAGCAAAUGCUGCUGUUUCAGAGAUCAUUAUCCAAGCCAAAGAGAAGAAAAAGCGUGGCCCAUAUGUGAUUUAUGACCCCGAAAUUCGAGCACGUAUUGGAAAACAUGCCUCAGAGCAUGGGAUAACAAGUGCUUGCAAAAAAUUUAGUUUUGAACUUGGAAAGAAAUUAAAUGAAAGUACGGUCAGAACUUUUAGGGAAGCCUACCAGAGGCAACUAGCGGCCUGUGAAGAUGGAGAUAAGGUGACUAAUUUGCCUGUUGGUAACCGAGGAAGACCUCCUCUUCUUGGUAGCGAGCUAGAUCAGCGAAUUCAGGACUACAUACGAAGGCUACAGACUAACGGCGUUGCUAUUAACAGAAGGAUUGUGCUGGGAGCUGCUCGUGGAAUGGUGGAGCAGCAUGAUCCGUCAGUCAUGAGGGAAAAUGGGGGAAGUAUUGAUUUAACGGAAAAGUGGGCACAAUCAUUCAUGGGCAGGAUGAGUAUCACACCAAGAAAAAGUAGGAAAAGAAAACAAGAAGGAACAACACCCAAAAAUAAUUUUCAGAAUAAUAAUUGGUCAUCUGGUAACGCCAAAACACAUGAAGAUGCUCAGUUGUUAGAUAUUGAUACAAACACUCCGACGAACAGUUCAUCAAUAAAUUCAAGAACUCCAAACCGACCGACAACUACCAGAGGGUCAGCGGCCAAGGUUAGAAAAGAAGACGAAAGCACCAACAUUGAAAUAAUCAAAGAGUCACUCCAGAACAUUGUAAAAUCUCAACUUCAAGCCGUAGAGGUUGACCGCCAGCGACUUGAGAUUGAGAGGCGGCGGGCUGAGAAUGAACAUCAGUUUUUUCAGGGCAUGAUCUCCAUGAUGUCACAGGUUGUGGCGCAGAUGUGCCAACAGCAAUCAACACCAAAUAUGUUUUAAAAGACUUUGUAAAUUUUGUAACAAAAAACUAGCUUCCAUUAGGAAAAAAAUGUACUCUACUUCUGAACGUUUAAUCUUGUCAAUACUCAUUGAGUUUAACCUUUUAUAUUUAAUUCAUAUUUCUUACAAUAAAGAACUGUUUUAUAUUGCAUCAUGUAUCAUCCAUGCUUAUUCACGUAAUUUAAAGCCAGGCUCCGUAGGAACAAAAUUUCUUGAUAUGUUGACGACUGAUUUUUUUAAGACACAAAAAAGGCUUUUGACGAAAACUCGGAAACGAUUGAUGAGUUACAACUUCUUAAAUAUUUAAAAACUGGGGGAAAGGAGCAUAACCACCCUUUUUUCCACCUUUUCCCCCAGUUUUUAAAUAUUCAAAAAUCUGUAUCUCAUUAGCCAUUCAUUAAUUUUUCGUCAAACGCCCUUUUGUUGUACAACAUAUCAACAAAUAUUUUUCCUCCAGAGCAUGGCUUUAAGGUGAAUAAGUGAUUCAUCCACUCUAAAUGACUAAGUUUUCCAAGUCAAGGUUGUCAAUCUAAAAUCCAAGGGAACUAUAAACAAACAAGACACUGCUUGUAGGUGGUCUAACAUUGCAGGGUAUUAUGCAAUGGAAUUUGGUUUUUUUUUUUCAGUUUCUUUGGUUGAUGUAAUAGUUAUUAGAAUAUUAUUAUCAUCUUCCUUUCAUUCAGCUAAUAGCAAUAGAACCCAUGUAUGAAGAUUUUGAUCUCCACGAUUAUGAUUCUAGAAUGGAUCUCUGCACAAGGUAAAUUCAGCAUAACAGUGUCUUAAACUUCAGAGGACAAGAGUUGAAAGCAGAUGACUCUGUGUCGUGCCAUUAUUUAAUUAAUUUAUAAAAAAAAUAAGUAUUGUCCUAGAUCCCGCCACCAUCUUGUCAUCAAGAGCUCCCUAUUAUACACUUAGUGCACUUGAAUAUGUUUGUCGCCCUCUAGAUUGUAUUGCUCUAAAACAUAUUUUGCAGAAUUGUCUAAAGAUUCAGAGUAUCAAUAUGGUUUAUAAACCCUGAGCUCCAAGGGAUAACUUUAAUUUGCUGUUUGUAGGGAAUUAUAAUUAAUAGUCAAUAAAAAAUACUGUAUGUACUUUUAUAUCAUUUUGAAUUUGGUAUUUCCAUUCUAAAGUAGAAUACUGUAUUUAAGUUGAUUUUAUUUAGCUGUACUACCAAAUUUUAACAUAGUAAUAAAAAGUAUUAUUAUUACUGUUAUCAUUAGUAUUAUUAUUAUUAUUAUUAUCAUCAUCAUUAUCAUUAUUAUUAUUUUUUGUUAUAACCUUAUUUUUUUCUGGGAGUGUCUACAGUUACACCAGUCUUAAACAAAUUUUGAUGAAUGUCGAUGGCCGUAUUCAACUGGUCAUUCUUCGCUAAACCACAGCCACCUGUGCAGUGGUAAAAUCCUACUUAACGAAGACGACCAGUCUAAUAGAAAUCUGCUAAAUGCUCGACAAAACAAAAUGGCUGCAUAGUUACCGCGAUACACGCUGCGUAAUCAAGGCUGCUUCGGAUUGUGGCAGAAUGGGUUUUGCGUAAAAAAUGAUGUCAUUCAGUUUUUGAAUUCUUUUUUUGAUUUCAUGUGGGUAUAAUUUUUAUUUUCUUAAAUUUAAUGUAAAUUAUAUUAACGCAGAUGUUGCUAAACUGGCCUUGUUUGUUUUGGACACAUGGAUAACAUAACACACUCUGGUUUACGUUAAUUAUCAUUGUCAGCGACGUCUAUUUUACGAACCAGUCAAAAUAAAAAAAAUACUCGACGAAAAAUCGUAGUCAAUGAAAUGAACCAGUCGAAUAAGCCCAUUGUUUUAAUCCAACCCAUACAUUCAAUAACAUCCAAUCACAGAAUUUUAAAACUGGUGUAAAUAUAACCACUUCAUUGUUAACAUUAUUAUGUACAAUAUUGAUGAUUUCAAAUAUUCAUGAUUCAAUUUAAAUCUGCUGAAUUCAUUAAAAAGGUAAUUUGUAUGUAUUCAAAAAACCAAAGUACCCUAAAACUAAAGAUUGAAUAUAUUUUAAUUACA